GCUUUCAUACUGGUUAACAUGUAUUUGGGAGUAACAUUUAUCACGGGAAAAUAUAUAAAUGGAUACAUAUUAAUUUAUGUAAUAACAAUGUUCUUAUGUGUUGCCUACAAAGUUGUUGUACCUAUAUUGAAAAUGUGUAAAAAUAUGCAACAAGACCUAGAAUCAGAAUGUGAAUAUGAGGGCCUUAUCCCUGAAAUCUCAGAUUUAGAGAAAAAGCUAUUGUCUAUUGAGCCUGAACACAAUCAAAAUAUGGAUGACAAACAGAGUUAUGAUUACUGGAAACCAGAUGAUAUACCUUUCGAAGAAGGAAGUGACAGUUCUGAAAAUAGCAGUUCUCUUGUAACUAGUUUCUCUAUGGAUAAAAUACAAACUCUUGAAAAAGAUGUUCAGUCAUCAGAUUCCAGUGAAGACGAAUAUAUACCGCUGGAUCAACCACGAGAGGCCCGGUUAAAAACAACGUUAGAAGUUGUAGAUUCUUCCAACACAUGGAGCAGCAGUGCUUACAAUGCUCUAUGGAACUUGACUGGAGCAGUAGCAAACAUGAUGCAAACAGACACCAACAGAAGGAAGAGAGUAUCCAGUAUUGAUUCGUCAGAUGGUUUUGAAAUGAUUGAUCAAAAUGACUUGACUUAAAACAUAUCUUAUAAAUAUCAACAUAGUAUUAUUUGAAAACAUAUUUAUUAUACUUAUACAGUUA